GGAAGAACAGUGAGAGAGGCCUGGACAGGGAAUCUCCGCUAAGAUAAGCCAGUCUCAGGAGGCAGGUGCGAGACCCGGUGGCAUAUAAUUAUUAUAAAUCAUAAUGGGGGUGGGUGUCUCAAUCUGGCCUUCCCAGCAGUCAGGCUCCAGCUGCUUUCCUUCUGCAUCUCCAGCUCUCUCCAUUCCAUAAUGCAAGGCUGAGAGAUGGAGGUCCAACCCCAAGAACAUUCUCCAACUGAGCACUCCUUCAACCGAACACAAGCACCAAGCCUUGUCACUAGACUUAUAUAUGGGUCUCCCAAAAUGGUCAGUAUGGACCUCCUGAGGCCAAAGGGACUGUGCAGGUGAUGAAUAAAGAUCUAGAGGUCGAAGGGGACAAAAUGUGGCCCAAGGGGUGGAGGAUUAUAGUGCAGCAGAUGAAGAACUUCAUGAUGAACUUAGGACCCUGAUUAAUAUUGGCCAGGUUCAUGGAACAUAGAGCAGCUCCCGUUCCUGUGAGAAACCACUUUUUAUAAAACGUAAACCCCACAGUUCAACCGUAUUCUAAGAUAAUGCUGCUUCAUUAAUGCUUAAUUAAGGGUUAGGAAAGCCUGAUGAUGCAUUACCAUUAUUUAACAUUAUUUCAUCUGUCUUUCCUAAACAUUUGGAAAAUAUGGAGGACAGGAAAGAAUGUACGAGACGUCAAAAUAAGAGCAGGUGCUAAUUGUUGUGUGCAAUAUUCCUUUGUUCUCUUCCUAGGUUUCCUUUCCCCCCCGCUCCUCCCUGUUGAAAGAAGACAAUGGAGAAGGCAGUCAAAAUUCUGGAGGGCCAUGUCCAAUGGGAAUAACAAAGAAACCAUAUAAAUUCAUGGAAUGUGAAAAGAGAGAGGAGAAACAAUUUGAAAGUAUGGAGUGUGGGAAGAGUUUCACUGACAGUGGAACACUUGGAAAACAUCAACAGACUCACACAGGAGAGAAACCAUUUAAAUGCAUGGAGUGUGGAAAAAGCUUUGGUUGGAGUUCAAACCUUCGUAUACAUAAACACACUCACACGGGGGAGAAACCAUAUAAAUGUAAGGAGUGUGGAAAGAGCUUCAGUCAGAUUGGACACCUUAGAAACCAUCAACGAACCCACACAGGGGAAAAACCAUAUAAAUGUAUGGAGUGUGGAAACAGCUUCACCGAUAGUGGAUCAUUUAGAAAACAUCAACAGACACACACGGGCGAGAAACCAUUCAAAUGCAUGGAAUGUGUAAAGAGCUUCAGUCAGAGGAGAAGCCUUAGAAUCCAUCAACGGAUUCACACAGGGGAGAAACCAUUUAAAUGUUUGGAGUGUGGAAAGAGUUUCAGUACAAAUAGAGGACUGAAUAUUCAUCAUAAAACUCACACUGGGGAAAAACCAUUUGAAUGUAUGCUGUGUGAUAAGAGCUUCACUGAGAGUAGAAAACUUAGAAUCCAUCAUCGAACUCACACAGGGGAAAAACCAUAUAAAUGUAUGAAUUGUGGAAAGAGAUUCAGGCACAGUGAAACACUGAGAAAACAUCAAUGGACUCACACAGGAGAGAAACCAUUUAAAUGCAUGGAAUGUGGAAAGAGCUUUAUUGAUGGUACAGCACUUAAUAUCCAUCAUCAAACUCACACAGGGGAGAAACCAUUUGAAUGUAUGGUAUGUGGAAAAAGCUUCAAUCGCAGUGGAACACUUAGACUCCAUCAACGGACUCACACAGGGGAGAAACCGUUUAAUUGCAUGGAUUGCGGUAAGAACUUCCUUGAUCAUGGAACACUUAGAAUCCAUCAACGGACUCACACAGGGGAAAAACCAUAUAAAUGUGUGGAGUGUGGAAAGGGCUUCAGUCGGAGUGGUGCACUAAGAAGACAUCAAUGGACUCACUCAGGGGAAAAACCAUUAAAAUGCAUGGAAUGUGGAAAGAGUUUUAUUGAGAGGAGAGAGCUGAGAGCCCAUUAUCGAACUCACACUGGGGAGAAACCAUUUAAAUGCACCGAGUGCGGAAAGAGCUUCAAUCGCAGUGGAACACUUAGAAAACAUCAAUGGACUCACACAGGGGAGAAACCAUUUAAAUGUAAGGAGUGUGGAAAGGGCUUCACCAAUGUUGGAAAUGUUAGAAGACAUCAACGGACUCACACAGGGGAGAAACCAUUUAAAUGCAUGGAGUGUGGAAAAAGCUUUGGUUGGAGUUCAAACCUUCGUAUACAUAAACACACUCACACGGGGGAGAAACCAUAUAAAUGUAAGGAGUGUGGAAAGAGCUUCAGUCAGAUUGGACACCUUAGAAACCAUCAACGAACCCACACAGGGGAAAAACCAUAUAAAUGUAUGGAGUGUGGAAACAGCUUCACCGAUAGUGGAUCAUUUAGAAAACAUCAACAGACACACACGGGCGAGAAACCAUUCAAAUGCAUGGAAUGUGUAAAGAGCUUCAGUCAGAGGAGAAGCCUUAGAAUCCAUCAACGGAUUCACACAGGGGAGAAACCAUUUAAAUGUUUGGAGUGUGGAAAGAGUUUCAGUACAAAUAGAGGACUGAAUAUUCAUCAUAAAACUCACACUGGGGAAAAACCAUUUGAAUGUAUGCUGUGUGAUAAGAGCUUCACUGAGAGUAGAAAACUUAGAAUCCAUCAUCGAACUCACACAGGGGAAAAACCAUAUAAAUGUAUGAAUUGUGGAAAGAGAUUCAGGCACAGUGAAACACUGAGAAAACAUCAAUGGACUCACACAGGAGAGAAACCAUUUAAAUGCAUGGAAUGUGGAAAGAGCUUUAUUGAUGGUACAGCACUUAAUAUCCAUCAUCAAACUCACACAGGGGAGAAACCAUUUGAAUGUAUGGUAUGUGGAAAAAGCUUCAAUCGCAGUGGAACACUUAGACUCCAUCAACGGACUCACACAGGGGAGAAACCGUUUAAUUGCAUGGAUUGCGGUAAGAACUUCCUUGAUCAUGGAACACUUAGAAUCCAUCAACGGACUCACACAGGGGAAAAACCAUAUAAAUGUGUGGAGUGUGGAAAGGGCUUCAGUCGGAGUGGUGCACUAAGAAGACAUCAAUGGACUCACUCAGGGGAAAAACCAUUAAAAUGCAUGGAAUGUGGAAAGAGUUUUAUUGAGAGGAGAGAGCUGAGAGCCCAUUAUCGAACUCACACUGGGGAGAAACCAUUUAAAUGCACCGAGUGCGGAAAGAGCUUCAAUCGCAGUGGAACACUUAGAAAACAUCAAUGGACUCACACAGGGGAGAAACCAUUUAAAUGUAAGGAGUGUGGAAAGGGCUUCACCAAUGUUGGAAAUGUUAGAAGACAUCAACGGACUCACACGGGAGAAACCAUUUAAAUGUAUGGAGAGUUGAAAGAGUUUCUUUCAGAGUGGAACCCUAAUUUCACACACAGGAAACUUAGACGACAUCAACAGACUCACUCGGGGACAAGCAAAUAAAUGUAUGGAGUGUGGAAGCAGCGUCAAUAGAAGUGGAAACCUUAGCAAACAUCAGCGAACUCAAAAAGGGAAAACCACUUACGUAUAUGGAGCGUACAUAGAGCUUCAGUCCUGAUGUUCUUAGAAACCAUCAAUGGACUUGCAAGGAGGAAAAGCUUUAAGAAUUGAAACCCUACAAUCCACAAACAGAAAAAUCUAAAAUGGUUUGAAUGGAAGGAGUGUGGUGCUGGGAUGGAUGCUGGGAUGUUUUUGCCUCUACGCAUGGGUCUGGGAAUGUUCUGAUCAGUUCACAUUGAGUUCAGUACCCUGACCUGUUCAUAACACAUUGUUGACCACAUCUACGGAACGCGAUUGUUAUGUUCUUUCAUGUCAUGCAAAAUCAAUCAUUAGUAAUAGUUUAAGUCUUGAUACUCAAUCACUAGUUAAUAGUUUAAUAAGGAGGUUUCACGCCUGUCCAAUUCUGUGUUCCCUUUCUCACCCUUUAAUCUAUUGAUGAUUAAUACCUAUAUUCAACCCUUGCAUUGUAUUCAUGUUAACCAAUCAGCAACAAGCACAUAUGUAAUGCUGUAAUAUUCAAUAAAAGGGACUCUCCGAGACUUGCUCGAGAGAUGCCUCCUGUAUGACACCUUGUCAUUCGUCUGUCGCUUAUUUCAACCCAACAGUGUGGGAAGUGUUUCGAUUGCUUUAUAUAUAGAUAAUUUUAUUAAUACAGUGGUACCUCGGGUUACAUACGCUUCAGGUUACAGACUCUGCUAACCCAGAAAUAGUGCUUCAGGUUAAGAACUUUGCUUCAGGAUGAGAACAGGAACCGUGCUCCAGCGGCGGAGCAGCGGCAGGAGGCUCCAUUAGCUAAAGUGGUGCUUCAGGUUAAGAACGGACCUCUGGAACGAAUUAAGUACUUAACCUGAGGCACCACUGUAUAUAAUUUUAUUUACAAAUUGCAUUCAAAAAUGGAAGCAUUCACCUCUGGGUUCUUGGCGUUUGAAAGCCCCAAACGUUCAACUUCCGAAGCGUUCUACAACCGAGAUUCCACUGAGAAUCCAGCAAUAGUGUGUUGUCCAACGAUAUCCAUUCUUUUAACCAACACAAAGAGGCUGCCUCGUAGUAGAAAAUCUAGCAGUGCGAAGCCACCUCUAUUUUUAGUAUCUAUCAAAAUUUUAUACUUUAUUCUUGGUGUUUUCCCCCUGCCAGAGUAAUCAUGAAAUAUCUCUUUGCCAUUCGUUAAAGAAGCUUGUAUUAUUUAUUAUUGGUAUCAUUUAGAAUAAAAACAGUAUCUUAGGUAAAACAUUUCUCUUUAUGGUUGAAAUCCUUCGUAAAAGUGAUAGUUUCAUCCUCCCCUAUAUUUCCAAAUGUUUUUAACAUUUUUUGAUACUCUAACGUAAUUGGAAUAUGUUGUAAUUCAGUGUUUUUCAAAUAAACCCUUAUUUAGUCUCCA